UGGGACCCUUGAUCCCCCGACAAACAGACUUCGACGUACGCGGCUCUUAUCUAACGACUACUUGUUCUCCAGACCUCCCUCUCUCUCUCUCUUCACCCUCAUUCAUAGGAACCUGCCUACCGCCCUACUCAGCCAAGAUGACGUCCAAAGAGUCCAAGGACGAUGCUUCCCUCGGGGAUCAGGACGCUGUUGAUGUGCUCGAGGCAGAAUCCAAAGAGUUUGACAAGGAUGCCGAGAUCGAUCGCAUCCUGAAAGCUUUCCGCUUAGAUGCCUAUUCGGUUCUCGACCUACAACCCGGCGUCCCCGAGUCCGACAUCAAGUUAACCUAUCGCAAGAAAUCGCUGCUCAUUCAUCCAGACAAGACGAAAAACCCACUGGCGCCCGAGGCCUUCGAUAGGCUGAAGAAGGCACAAACUGAGCUAAUGGACGAGAAGCAUCGAGAGCGAUUAGACGAGGCCAUCGCAGAUGCGCGCAUGCUACUGAUCCGCGAGAACAAGUGGACCGUCGAUAGCCCGGAGCUCAAGACGGACGACUUCUCGAAGAAGUGGCGUGAUAAGACGCGGGAGGUCCUCAUCGAGAACGAACUGAGGAGAAAGCGGCAGCUGAAGGCGCAGAUGCAGGAGGAGGGGCGCGAACAGCGCAAGGCGGAACAAGAGAUUGAGGACCGUAAGCGCAAGAGACAGCACGAGCAGGACUGGGAAAGCACGCGAGACCAGCGAAUUGAUAGCUGGCGCCAGUUCCAGAAGUCCAAGUCCGGCGGCGGCGACGGCGAGAAGAAGAAGAAGAAGAAGCUCAAGCCUAUCGGUUGAAUGCACGAUUCUGGUUAGAAGGGGUUGGGCUGUACGAUUGCGGGCUUUACUGCGUGCUGGCUUGCCAGAAUUGCAUACACGUCGAUCCUAGCUCAAGAAGGGCGCACGAGCUUUAAACCGUUGCAUCAUGGGCUACUACGUGAGUUCUAUUGAUAGACCAGAAUGCCGAUUCUAUGUCCCUAACUCCCUUAGUGUGGCCCUGAAACCGGCGGUGCCGUUUUCCUUAUUACUCUACAGCCCCCUUUGCUCGAAUCCGAGCACUGCUCUGCUACUCCCCAAUGGAGGGCGAAGGUAAGU